AAUCCCCUACUCGUCGUCCACACAUGAACAACGUCGUAUCCCGACCUCCAUUCCAUUCCUCAAAUACUCUCUUUCUUCCCACGCCACUCAUUAUAAAUAAAUGCUCUCUUCCUAACAACUUUCCAUCACUAACCUCAUUCCUUCAUUCAUUACCAAGUAAACGAAUUCCAGCCGCAUCAUAAACUCAAACAAGCUUACGUACCCUCCUCCUGUCCAGGGAUCAAAGAAAGACGAUGAAGUCCGUGGUUUUCUGGAUCUUGUUGGCUUUGGCCAUUUUCUCGGCUUCCUGUUUCCAGCCAGCUGAAAUGAGACCGCUCAAGGAAGAGGAAGGUGGUAGUACUGCGAAUCAUCUACUCCUUCUCCACUCCCUGCAGAAGGGUCCGGUUCAAGGGUCGGGUCCCAAUCCAUGCACCAACAUCCCCGGCCGAAACCAGGGAACCUGCACACGUGCUGUGAGCGCUAUGAACGUCGCCGGCGAUGUAUUAGCCCGCCGGCCCCCACGACGGUCUCUGGCAGUUUCACGUCACGACGUCUCUGAAGAUGAUCAGACUGGUCGUCGGCAACGUUCUCAGAGUUCUUCUUGACUAGGAUAUUCAUCAUGUGUGAAAAGUUUAUUGUUUCGAUGUCAUGGGAAAAGCUCUCUUUAUAGUUUGGUGUCUCCAUGAAAAAUGAAAUUGUUUAGUUGGA